AUGUUUAUCAACGGUCGUCUCCAUUUGGCUUAUCAGACGUUACUCGUCGCGCGGCCAUCACAUUUCUACCGAUUCUACUCGAGAAUGGCGGCCGAAGGUGAGCGAGUUGUACAUAAGGAUGAGAUGCGACAGUUCAUGGUGAACUGCAUGACGAAAGUAGGGACCAGUGAAGCUCAUGCUGUUCAGUUAGCUGACGUUCUAUUAGAAGGAGACAUACGGGGCCAUUAUUCUCAUGGUUUGAAUCGACUAGAAAUGGAGCCAUCCACAUCGGAAUGCGUUAAGGAUGUUGAAGAUGAGAAUGAAGAAGGGUUUAUUGGAAACCCUUGUGGACUUCAUCUUUUGGAUUAUGAAAAGAAUGUUCUUGCCAAGACCCUGCCUGCUAGCACGCUGUUCAUUGUAGCCAACGGAUUAGGAGUUGAACGUCUCUUUCUUGAGCAUUUGCUGUUAUUCUCUGAUCGUCGCCUUCUUGCACUUGUGCUAAACACAACGCCGCAGGAUGAUAGUUACUUUAUUUCAAAGCUAAAAGAGCAUAACACUGAUUGUGUGCCAAAAGUGAUCAAUUCCGAUGUGAGCAUUAAGGACCGCCAAUCGAUUUAUCUUGAAGGAGGUGUUCAAUUCUGUUCGAGUCGCGUCAUUCUUGUGGAUCUCCUGCAAAAUCGAAUCCCCGUCAACCGAAUCGCAGCAAUUUUCGUUUACAGAGCACAUCAAACGCUGAAUUCUUUUCAAGAAUCGUUUAUUCUAAGGUUAUACCGAGAAAAGAAAUUGAAUGGGAUGGUCAAAGCAUUCACCGACAAUCCUAAUGUUAUAUCAUCGCUUGGACAACUUCAGCGAUUAAUUGAUCGUCUAUAUAUAAGGCAUGUCGAACUUUUACCAAGAUUCUCAUCAACAAUUGAGACAGAAUUAAACAAAUAUCAGCUGCGAUCUGCUGUAUUCUCCGUCGAAGUUGUUCCCGCAAUGCGUCGAAUUCAUCGUGCACUCAUGGAUUUCAUCAAAGUGUGCAUUCGAGACUUGCGAACAUGCUCUGCUUCUGGAAAACAGACCGGCGAGGAGAACGAAGAGAUGAUUCAUGUUCCUUGGGCUCCAACGCAACUCGAAAAAAGGCCCAAAAAUCGAAAGGGAUUCAUCAGCGACAAACAGCAACGGCUUAUCAAUGAUGCGGGAUUCCUUCGUGAAAUUCUACAAAUGUCGGAGAAUUUGGAUCCAGCGACAGUUUAUGCAAGACUUCAAGCGUUGAAAAAUGAUAAAACAGUGCUCGAAGGACACAGUGGAUGGCUUCUCUCGCCAUCGUUCUCUCGAAUUAUGGAAGAUCUUCAAAUUCUUUGUGGAAUUUCCAUUGCCGGAAAAGGUGAUUUGAGCAAGUUCGUACAGCCAGCGAAAUGGAAUGUUCUCGCCCAAGUAUUGGAAGAGAUAAAGCGCAUCCCCCUUGAAUCCAAAGAUUAUGAGGACCGCACACCUUCCGUUAUUGUCCUUACAAAUUCUGAAGACGUGACAAGGCAAGUCGCCGACGUCGUCAAACAUGGAAACCAGAAGGCAAAGUGGAUGGCGUUUAGACAACUUGGUCAGAGAAUUAAAGAAGAUUGUCCUGAAAGUGAGCCUCUAUGGGAGCCGGAUAAUAUUUCCAUUCUGUUCAGAAGUCAACUGGACUCCGAGUCUGAGCUCAUCGCCAAUGUGCAAAAAACACAAAAGACGGUAGCACGAGCAACUCAGAAACGUCGAAAAGCGGCUGAAGAGCUGAUAGGCAAUACGAGGGACUCGCAGAUUCAGACAACGGCGAUCGGACGCAUCGGUAACAUUAAUUUUAUUCAACAUGCGGCAAUCGAUGAAUAG